AUGCCUCCGUCAACCAGAUCCCGCAGCACCGGCACUUUCGACUCCUUCUCCCGCAGGGGCAAGCCGACAGUCGAGAUCUCGCUCAAGGACGAACAGCUGGCCCGCAUCAGUACCUAUACCAGCCUUGAUGCCAUUCAAGGCGAUGUGACCCUCACCACGGACAGUGAUGUCCGAUUUGACCAGCUAUGCAUCACCUUCGUUGGUACAUCCCACACUGUGAUCGAGCGCCCAGGCUAUGCUGGCCCAACUAUCGGCCAAUCGUCUGCUUUCCACACCUUUCUGAAGCUGCAGCAACCCAUCGACGAGACGCAGUAUCCCCAGCCCAGAAUCCUCGAGGCCGGCCGCAGAUACACGUUCCCGUUUACGUUUGUGGUCCCGGAACGCUUGCUUCCCCACGCAUGUAGGCAUUGUGUCAACCAUCGCCUGGUUCAUGCCGCACACACUCAUCUCCCGCCGUCUCUCGGCGAUCCAAUGCUAGCAGGUCGCGGUUCAAAACUACUCGAUGACAUGUGUCCCCAGAUGUGUCAGGUCCAGUACCAGAUCCGCGCCCGGCUCAUUAGAUUUGAACAAGCGGAUUUCGCCCCUAAAACUAUCGUUGACGUGGGGAAAAAAGUACGCAUUAUUCCGGCUACGGACGAAGAACCCCCGCUAGACGUAUCUGGUGACAGCCGGGAGUUCUGUAUGCGUAAGGAGAAGACAGUGAAGAAGGGACCUCUCAGAAAGAGGACUGGCCGGAUCGCCAUCGCCGCGGCACAGCCAAAGGCGUUCCGUCUCCCGCCCGUGCGCUCAGCCAUCUCAGAGACAACGCAGCCCUCGACCAUGGUCAAGCUGCACAUCCGCUUCGACCCUGAAAAUGAGCUCCAGGCCCCUCCUAGAUUAGGCUCGCUCUGGACCAAACUGCGAGUGAACACGUUCUACUCCACCGCCCCGUCUUCAGAUUUCCCUGUCAAGUCGUCCGGAAUUGCCUGGGAUCUCCAUCAAGGAGUCUAUUCCGACAGCGUCUGCCUGGCAUCUCGCUGCGUUGCAUCUGCAUCGUGGGAGAAACAUACCCAAUCUCCCUCCGCCUCACCCUGCGAUAGUCGCCGCUCCUCCAUCAACUCUACCUGCACCACUGCGUCCUCGUUCCUCCCCGGCCCCACCGCCUGUUUCGCCGGCAAGAUGUACUACACCGCCACCGUGCUCGUUCCGAUCUCUCUGCCCGCACACAAAACCUACAUGCCGACCUUCCACUCCUGUCUUACCUCCCGCACGUACUCUCUCAAUAUCUGCCUGUCCUUCAACCCGCCCAACGUGGGACCCUUCACCACCCACCAGACCCUCUCCCUACGCAUUCCGGUGCAGGUCACCGGUGCGGAGAGCCUUGCUGAGGCCGUGAGCCGUGGCGAGGAAGCCAAUGCUGACCUCGUGGAUGAGUUCUUUACGCCACGCACUCUCACCCCGCCGCCACAUGAGUAUGUCGAACAGGCAAGAUUCGACCGGAUGAUUCGGCCGUCUGAUAUGGUAUCGGCACCGCCGGAAUAUGUCCCCCCGCCCCUGCUCGGGCGCGGGUUUGGGUCGGUGGCUGUUGCUUGA